AUGGAUAGCGGAACUGAAAUUGAGCAUGAUGCAAAAAUGCCAUCGCAUUUUCCAUCAGAUGGCUGUUUAGGCGUUGGUCAUGAUAUGGCUGUGGAAGGCAUGCUUCCAAAUGCCUCCAGGCACAAGGAUAAGUAUCCUCUCUACCAAAUUGAACAAGUUGGUCUUCCGAAUGAACAACCUGAUGGAAUCUCCAAAUUGAGAGGAUCCUAA